CCCGCGGCGGGUGCGCGUCGAGAGGUGGAACAUUCGAACCCUGCUGGGAAAUGUGAGGCAUAUCGAACAGUGAUAAAAAAAGAAAACAUAUCGAAGUGUACAUCCCCUUGGUGCUCUGGAGCGGGAAAACUGCCAGGACUAAUUAUUAGGAUUACAGCAGUGAUGUUAGAGCGAUGAGCCUGCAGGCUCAAGGCCAGCGCACGGUGAGGUACUCUCCUCAGGAGACCGUCAAGAUUUACACCGACUGGGCGAAUCAUUAUCUGGAGCGUGGCGGUUCCAAGAGGAGAGUUACCGACCUCCAGGCAGACCUCUGCGACGGCGUGCUACUCGCCGACCUCGUCGAGGCAGUCACCAAUCAGAAGGUGAUCGACGUCAACCGGAAGCCGAAGAGCGUCCAACAAAUGAUCGAGAACGUGAAUCUGUGCAUGGGAGCCCUGAGGGCCCUGGGCGCGGAUGAGGUGUCCGUAAAUGCCUGCGAAUUGGUCUCCGGAUCGUCCCUUCGGCCGGUCCUGGCGCUGCUGUUCGCCCUCUCGCGGCAUAAGCAGAGAACCAAGCAACUCCAGGACAUGCCCAG